CUUCACAAAGCAGCAGAGAGAAAAGGCGAGUUUGUCAGUGAAGAAGGAGCUGCGAUCGCUGAAUCACUGUUCGAGUAUCUGCGGUGCCUGCAGCUAAGAGAUCUGCACGGGCAGAGUUAAGUAAGCUAUUAACAGAGACUGCAAGACAACGCCCACCCACAGAAAAGACGAAACGCAGCGCAGCAACGUUUGUCGGGGAAUCUGGCUGCAGACGCGGCUUAUAGUUUUGGAGUGGAGAUACAAGUUUGCAAGUUUUAAGACCGAGCAGAGAGGAGACUUCGAGUUUGCGUGACACUCAGAAAGUUUCGACUACAGCAGUCCCUUGGAUUAUGAGUGCAGCACAUCAAAGGUUGUGAUGAUGAGAAGCUGCUGGCUGCUGUUUGCAGCCCUGCAGAGUGGACUGAUCUACCAGGCUGAGGCACAAGGCACGUGCAGAAAUGUGGCUGCAGCCGACAUCGUGUUCCUGGUGGACGGCUCGUCCAGCAUCGGCAGGGUCAACUUCCGCGAGAUCAAGAGCUUCAUGGAGGGGAUCGUGGCUCCCUUCGUCAGCGUGGUGAGCGAGACGGGGGUUCGAUUUGGGACGGUCCAGUACAGCGAUGACUCCAGAGUGGAGUUCACGCUGUCCCAGUUCCUGAAUGGGAGCCAGGUUCUGUCUGCGGUCCGAAACCUCAAGUACAAAGGAGGGAACACGCGCACUGGAGCCGGCCUCAAGUACGUAGCAGACAACUUCUUCGGGCCCACGCUGAUCCGACGAGACGUGCCAAAGAUCGCGAUUCUCAUCACUGAUGGGAAAUCUCAGGACAACGUGGAGCAGGUGUCUCAGAAGCUGCAGAGUCAAGACAUCAAAAUGUUCGCUGUCGGUAUCAAGAACGCCGAUCAGAGGGAGCUGAACCAGGUGGCGUCGAGACCCUCUUCGGAUUUCUCCUUCUACAUCAACGACUUCAAGAUCCUGCGAACGCUGCUGCCCCUGGUGGCCCCGCGCGUCUGCUCCAGCGCGGGAGGAGUCCACACCAACGACGGGGAAGAGUUCACCGGACCCUCCAGCCUGGUGUUCUUUCAGGAGACCUUCGAUUCGGUCCGCAUGCGCUGGGCCGCGGCAGGGGGGCCUGUCAUUGGUUAUAAAAUCCAGUACACGCCCCUCACAGGCCUGGGGCAGCCAAUUACAGCGGAACUCAGAGAGGUGAGCGUGGCGUCCGCUGACACGACGAGCGUUCUGCAGGAUCUGAAACCAGCGACGGACUAUCUGGUGAGCGUGAUCGCGCAGUACCCCAACAGCGUGGGCGAGUCGGUGUCUGGCAAGACGCGCACCAAGUCUGUUCCCGGCGCGUCCAAUCUGCGGAUCGUGGAGGCGGGGCCUUCCUCCCUGCGCCUGGCCUGGACCCCGCCCACUUCGCGUCCGCAAGGAUACCGCCUCACGUACAGACCGCGAGGACAGACGGGUGCCCAGCUGGACGAGAGGAGCCUGAGUGCGGACUCUGCAGAGGUCACUGUGGAGGAGCUGGAGCCCGACACGGAGUACGUGAUGACCCUGUACCCCCUGUACCCCCGGAACAGUGCCGCCCCCACCUCCGUGACGGGACGCACCUUGUCUCUCGAGGGGGUGCAGCAGCUCUCAGUCCAGCCCGUGUCUUCGCAGAGUGUCCGUGUGCAGUGGAGAGGAGUGGGAGGGGCCAGUGGAUACCGUAUUGUCUGGGGACCAAUCGCAGGUCGUGAUGUGCAGAAGCUGGACCUGCCCAGUGGAUCGGAGUCUUACACCCUGCAGAGUCUGCAGCCCGACACUGAGUACAUCGUCACCGUCAUCGCUCUGCACAGGGCGACCGACGGACCCGCCGCCACCGCCAGGUUCAACAUCGAGAGCACGGAGCAGCAGACCCUGCACACCUUCACCAUCGGACCCAGCUCCAUCCGGGUCACCUGGACCCUGAUCCGGGCCGCGCGGGGGUACCGGCUGGAGUGGAGGCGGGCCGCGGGAGGGGAUUCUCAGCAGGUGUCGUUCCCCACCAGCACUAACAGCUACGAGAUCGGCGGGCUGCAGCCGGGCACGGAGUACAUCAUCACCCUGUACACCCUGUACGAGGGCAGGGAGGUGGCCACCCCAGCCAGCACCUCCCAGACAGUGGUGCAGUCUGUGGGCAGUGUGACUGACCUGCGUGUGGUGGAGACGCUGGGCAGCACCGUGCAGCUGGGCUGGACCGGAGUGGCUGGAGCCACUGCCUACCGCAUCCAGAUCAGCAGCUCUGAGGGUGACGCGGAGGUGAGCAGCCUUAUUUCAGGGGACCAGACCACCUUUGACCUGGAGGACCUACGCGAGGGCAGGACCUACUUGAUCAGAUUGACAGCGCUCGUGGGAAGCAGGGAGGGAAACCCCGUCACUGUGAGCGUCAGGGCAGAGGAGGCUGCAGUGGCUGGAGUGACGAGUGUGAGGGUGGUGGAGGCGGACAGCUCCCGGGUCAGAAUCACCUGGACCGGCAUCGCCAAGGCGACGGGGUACCGGAUCAGCUGGAGGGGUGAAGACGGCAGGGAGACGUCUCGCGUGGUCCCCGGAAACACGACCGUGUACGACAUCGGGGGUCUGCAGGAGGACUCGGGGUACACUGUGGGGGUGUCUGCUCUGGUCGGGACCCGAGAGGGGAACCCCGUCACUGUGAGCACCAGGACAGAGCCUUCGACUGUGGACAGAGUCACCAACCUGCGAGUGAUUGACACGGGCAGCUCCCGCCUUCGCAUCACAUGGUCCAGGGUUGCCAGGGCGACAGGGUACAGGGUCACGUGGAGACAAGGCAACGGUCGUGCGGAGUCGCGCGUUGUGCCCAGUGACAUCACUUCCUAUGAAAUCGAGGGUCUGCAGCCCGACGCCGCCGUGGUGAUCGGAGUGUCGGUAUUGGUCGGCGGGAGUGAGGGGGGCGUGGUCACCGUCUCAGCAAGGACUGCCCCCGACCAGGCAGUGGGAGGAGUCGUGGGUCUCCAAGUUCUCAGUACAGGAAGUAGAAGGAUACGCAUCAGCUGGGCCCCUGUUGCCAGGGCAACCGCAUACAGGGUCACAUGGCAACGCAGCGAUGGAGCGGAAGCCUUCAGAUCAGUCCCCAGCAAUGUCACUUCCUUUGACAUCGAUGGGCUGCAGGAAGAAACCGCCUACAACAUCAGGGUGUCGGCUCUGAUUGGCUCGAGAGAAGGAAGUCCCGCCUCUGUGAACGUGAAGACAGACUCUGGUGCCAAGAGUGUCACGAACCUGCGGGCGAUCGAGAGCGGAGCCAAUUAUAUCCGCCUGAGCUGGUCACACGUCGCCCGGGCAACGGGGUACAGGGUUACCUGGAGACGCAGCGACGGUGCUGAGGUGUCCCGUGUCCUCAGUGGCGAUGUCACUUCCUUCGAUAUAGACGGCCUACAGGAAGACUCUGUGUACACGAUCCGCGUGGCGCCCGUCAUUGGGAAGAGACAGGGCACGGCCACCACCAUCACUGCUAGGACCGGUCAGGGGCAGGUUACCGUGGGAACGGUGAGCCGUCUGCAGCUGCUGGAGUCCCGCAGCAACGCUGCCAGGGUAACGUGGGUCGGAAUUCAGGGAGCGACGGCCUAUCGGAUUGUGUGGAGGCGCGCGGACGGCGGUCCCGAGCUCAGUCGCUUGGUGUCCAGCGACGUCUCGUCCUUUGAUAUCGAGGGUCUGGACGCGGGUGUGAGCUACACAGUGGGAGUGACCGCUCUGAUCCGCCAACAUGAGGGGUCGCCCGUUACCAUCAGCGUCACCACGCCCUCGGAGACCCCGCAGUUAGGCAGGGUGGGGAACGUGCGUGUGAUCGAGUCCUCGGCGCGGCGGGUUCGCAUCGCGUGGAGCUCAGUUUCCGGGGUGACGGGAUAUCGCAUCUACUGGAGGUCAUCGCAAGGAGGUCCGGAGACGAGCCGUCUGAUUGGUGCGAACGUGAACUCGUUCGACGUGGACAGCCUGCAGCCGGGUGAUCGCUAUGUGAUCAGGAUCGUGGCCGUGUCGGGGAGCACAGAGGGGGACCCUGUGACUGUCACAGCCACCACCACUCCUCUGCAGGCAGUGACGGGGCUGCGUGUGACCGAGGUGUCCAAGAACACAGCCAAGGUGGAGUGGAACCUGCUGCCCGGAGCCAGCUCCUACAUCCUGAGCUGGAGGCUGCCCCAGGACCGGGAGGCCCUCCAGAGGAUCACUCUGUCCAGCUCCUCCGGUUCCUAUCUGGUGACGGGUCUGCGCCUGGCCCAGGAGUACAGCUUCACACUGCAGCCCGUGUUCGGGAGCGAGGCGGGGCCCGAGAGCUCCACUGAGGAGAGGACAGUGUGUGGAGGAGCCCGUGCUGACAUCGUGUUCCUGGUCCACGGUUCGAGAGCGAGCGGUGACGUGGCUGAGACGGUCCGCAGCUUCCUGUACAACGUGGUGGCCUCAUUCCCUCAGCUGGGUCCCUCAGCUGUGCAGGUGGCAGUGGUGCUGUACAGCUUCAGGGGUCAGAGUCGGGCCUGGAUCCGCCUCAAUCGUCAUAGCGACCUCAGAACCCUGCUCCAGGAGAUCCAAGCCAUCCCAUUCGACCAGCCCGGCGGCAACUACAUAGGCGAGGCAGUGCAGUUCACUCAGGAGUACAUCCUCCAGGCCUCCGGGGGGCGCCGGUCGGGGGUCCCGGGGAUCAUCGUCAUCCUGUCCGACGGCAAAUCGGCAGAUGACAUCAUCGCGCCCUCCAGGGCAGCCAAGGCGGCAGGGCUGCGGGUGCUGGCGGUGGGGAUGGGCGAGGCUGACCAGGAGGAGCUGCGGAGGGCCGUGACGGACAGCAGACCCGGAAACAUCCUGUUCACUCGGGACACCGACGAGCUGUACAAGAACGAGGCCAACCUGGCUGAGCUGCUCUGUGGACUGGCCACCGGGGGGCAGACACAGAUUCCUGACUCUGGGGGGUGCACAGUGCAGUGUCCCAGGGGUGAGAAGGGAGAGGCAGGAGAGAAGGGUCGGAAAGGUACAGACGGACUGCCAGGACUGAAGGGCGAGCCUGGUCGGGAUGGAGCGCCAGGCAGAGACGGGACCCCUGGACCAGCGGGAAACCCCGGGCCGCCGGGCCGCAACGCAGAGAACGGAAUCGGCAUGCGAGGCGAGAAGGGGGAGCAGGGUUUCUCAGGGGUGAAUGGGAUUCCGGGAUCACCGGGGCGACCAGGGAACUCAGGACCUCCGGGCCUGCCUGGUAGCCAAGGAUCGCCUGGAGUUCGUGGAGACCCGGGGGAGUCUGGCGUCUCUGGUCCUGUCGGCCCGAAAGGAGACAAAGGAGAGCGGGGUGAGCCGGGUGCAGUGGUCGGAGGAACGUUCCCGGGAAGGAAAGGGGAUCCGGGAGUUCCUGGAUUACCGGGUACCCCCGGGACCCCAGGUGUCGACGGUGUGAAAGGGAACGCAGGCCUCCCAGGACCCCCCGGACUGGCAGGCCGACCUGGAAUACCCGGGACCCCCGGACUGAGCAUCAAGGGAGACAGGGGCCAGCCCGGUGAGCGAGGUCUGCCUGGCGUGGGGAGCGGAGUGGCAGUGAAGGGGGAUCGGGGGGAUCCUGGAGCUCCGGGUUUAGACGGCAGUCCGGGACCCAGGGGACCUCAAGGCCAGCCUGGGACCAAAGGAGACAAGGGGGAGGCUGGAGAGGGGCUCCCUGGCCCUGCAGGACGAGCAGGGGAUCCAGGAGAUCGGGGGCUGAGGGGACCGCCAGGCGAGAUCGGCAGCAAAGGAGACAGAGGUCAGCCUGGUGAGCCUGGUGUCCAAGGAGACAGGGGAGAGAGAGGGCUGGCGGGAGCUGCAGGAUUGAAGGGAGCAGUUGGUCUGUCAGGCCCGGCGGGUCCUCCUGGGCUGAGGGGGCUGCCUGGUCCCAGUGGUCAGCAAGGAGACAAGGGAGACCCGGGAUCACCCGGGGAACCUGGGAACACUAUUAAAGGACCUCCGGGAAGCAAAGGCGACAAGGGGAGUAUGGGGCUCCCGGGCCCGGAGGGACCCAAAGGUAUAAAAGGAGACCCGGCUGAGAAAGGGGAAAAGGGUUCGGUGGGGUUCGGGAUCCCUGGUCAGGCGGGACCCAAAGGAGAGUCCGGAGAGAGGGGAAAUAACGGCCUUACUGGAAGACCCGGAGUUAAGGGAGACCCUGGUGAGCCUGGAGAGAACGGACAGCCUGGGAAAGCAGGAGCUCCGGGACAGAUCGGACUGCGAGGGAAGGAGGGGGAGAAAGGAGACAAGGGAGAUGAAGGAACGCCGGGUGAAUCAGGUUUACCAGGGAAAACCGGAGAGAGAGGUCAAAGGGGGUUGCCAGGGCUGUCCGGCAGGGCUGGAGAGAAGGGAGACAUGGGAGACCCUGGAGAACAUGGCAGAGACGGCAGUCCUGGACCGCCGGGGCUGAAAGGAGACAGAGGAGUGCAGGGCGCACAGGGACCGCCAGGGCUGCCCGGGAGAGUGAUUGAUCUGGAGAGAGGGAUCCAGGGGGACAAGGGAGACAAGGGUGAUGCUGGUGACCCCGGAGAGCAUGGAGCCAAAGGUGUGAAGGGUGAAGACGGCCCCCCUGGUCUCGCGGGUGAAAGGGGUGUUGAAGGCCCCAGAGGGCCACCAGGAGCGAGGGGUGAGAAAGGGGACCGAGGCAGCGCCGGGGAAACCGGUGAUCGCGGAGCCCCAGGUCAGGAUGGUAGGAACGGAUUGGACGGGAAACCAGGAGCUGCAGGACCCCCGGGCCAAAGAGGUGACCAGGGGAAGCAGGGAGAUUCCGGUCGAGAUGGCCUGCCCGGAGCGAGGGGGGUGGAGGGUCCUGCAGGGCCAGUCGGACUCCCUGGGACUCUGGGCUUACCUGGUAAAGCAGGAGAGGAUGGAAAGCCAGGAAUACCUGGAAAGAAUGGGGCGGAUGGGACCCCAGGCGAGGAUGGGAGAAAGGGAGAGAAGGGAGAUUCUGGAACAGCCGGGAGAGACGGCCGGGAUGGAGUGAAGGGGGAGAGGGGGGAGCUGGGUCUGGCUGGCUCUGUUGGCCCCGCUGGGCCCCCAGGGGUCCCUGGCAAUCCCGGGCCCCCUGGACAGGUGGUCUACGUGAAAGGGCAGGAGCUCACAGCUAUCCCCGGACCCCCAGGGCCUCCAGGGACCCCCGGCGUGCCUGGAAUACCCGGAGCCAGCGGACCCAGAGGACAGACGGGAGCAGCUGGAGCCAAAGGAGACACAGGAGAUCCCGGGGAGGACGGGAGGCCUGGCCGGAACGGAGAACCAGCGGAUAUUAAGAAAGCGCUGUCUUCCUUUGGCAUCGAGGUCUCGCUGCUGAAGGAGAUUCUAAGCAAGACGGAUUUGCAGACUGUUCAGGGGGAGCCUGGUGCCCCGGGACAGAAGGGAGAGAAGGGGGAUCACGGAGAGAGGGGGUACAUCGGAGACAGAGGCCCCGCGGGCAAGGACGGUCUGUCAGGGGUCCCGGGGGAACGUGGACAGAGAGGAGAUAAGGGGGACACUGGCCCCGCUGGGCCGACAGGACCCCCCGGCAGGGCGAUCGGAGAGAGGGGCCUCGAGGGCCCACCUGGCCAAGCAGGAGAGCCCGGGAAACCAGGAAUACCAGGAGUGCCGGGAAGAGUUGGGGAGCAGGGAGAGACGGGCAGGCAGGGAGACAAGGGUGAUCGAGGUGAUAAAGGGGACAAAGGCGACCAUGGCAGGGAUGGAGUCACGGGACCCCCAGGCCCCCCCGGACCCAAGGGAGAGGCGCAGGAGGUCUCGGGGUCCAGACUGCCUGGAGAGAGGGGGCUGCCAGGAGUGGCAGGACAGAAGGGAGAAUCGGGAAUCCCUGGCCCGGUGGGACCCAAAGGAGACAAGGGGAGUGAAGGACCCCAAGGAGAGAAGGGAGGGAGAGGAGAGUCCGGAGAGAAGGGUCGGGAUGGCUUUGCGGGAUCCCCGGGAGAGCCAGGACAGCCAGGGCAGGAGGGGAAGCCGGGACCACAGGGGGACAGCGGGCCUCAGGGGCACGCAGGAAACCAAGGCGAGCCCGGGACUCGCGGACCCCCGGGUCCAAUAGGUCUUGUUGGCCCCCAGGGGCCCCCCGGUCUGAAGGGAAAUCAAGGAGAACCAGGGAUUGGUAUACAGGGACUGCCGGGGCCCCAAGGCAACAUGGGAUUGCCAGGACCUCCUGGUCCUCCAGGAGCUGUGGGCCCCCAAGGUCCGCCAGGGUUGCCCGGACAGCUGGGAGAGUCGGGGAAGCCUGGCAUUCCGGGGAGAGACGGCAUUCCCGGUAAAGAUGGGGAGGCGGGGCUGCCCGGGAAAAUGGGUAUCGCAGGGCUGCAGGGGCCAGCAGGGCCCAAGGGGCAGCAGGGGGACCGUGGCCUCCCAGGAGAGACUGGAAUCGGCAUGCCAGGGGCGAGAGGAGAGAAGGGCAUGCCUGGCGAGACGAUCGGAGGGGUGACGGGACUGAGAGGCCUGCAAGGAGACCCGGGUGAAAGAGGAGAGAGGGGGCUUCCUGGCAUCAGAGGAGACAAGGGCGAGCUGGGAGAGGCAGGAGUACCUGGCGAGGAUGGUGCCAAAGGACAGGCUGGACCCAAAGGUGAAAAAGGAGUGGCAGGAGAGGGGCUGCCUGGUCCAGCUGGUCAACCCGGACCCCAGGGGCUCAAGGGUGACCUCGGUUUGCCAGGCCCUCCUGGACCCCCGGGACCCCAGGGCCUCGCUGGGACCCCCGGUCUGCUGGGUCAGAGGGGUGACAAUGGGCAGCCAGGAGUUCCAGGGCUGGUGGGAGAGAGGGGUUUACAGGGGUUCCCCGGACGAGAUGGCACCUCAGGAGUGCCGGGACCACCCGGACCCCCGGGGGCAGCGGGUCCCCAGGGUCUAGCUGGCAGCAAAGGAGACAAGGGGGACAUUGGUGUCGGUCAGUCAGGCCCGAGAGGAGAGAGGGGUGACCAGGGGCCCAGGGGAGAAGACGGACGACCCGGGAAGGACGGAGAAAGGGGACAAGCAGGAGCUACUGGAAGUCGAGGGGAGAGAGGAGACAAGGGUGAGACCGGGCCAAUGGGUGAAAAAGGAAACAAGGGCGAUACAUUGACAGUCACCGGGCCGCCAGGAAUCCAGGGGAACAAGGGAGAAACGGGCGAUCGCGGCCCCAAAGGGAUGCAGGGAGAGAAGGGACUGAAGGGGGAGGAGGGGCUGUCAGGCCAGCAGGGUCCGAGCGGAGAGCAGGGCGAGCGGGGGUCCCCAGGGUUCCAGGGGGCCAGGGGGCCCAGCGGGCAGAAGGGUGAAGCUGGGGCGCCAGGGGUCCCAGGAGAGCCUGGCUUGCCAGGGAAGGACGGGUUCUCAGGACCGAGAGGAGAGAAAGGAGAAGUGGGAAUCAUUGGCAUGAGGGGGCCCAAGGGUGAUCGUGGAUUCAAGGGGGCGUGUGGGAAGGACGGGAUGACAGGAGAGAAGGGUGACGGAGGUAUUCCUGGCAGACCUGGCCUUCCUGGGAGGAAGGGAGAGCUGGGAGAGCCCGGGAUCCCUGGCCAGUCUGGGACGCCUGGGAAGGAGGGUCUGAUUGGCCCCAAGGGUGACAGGGGGUUUGACGGGCAGCAGGGACACAAGGGACAGCAAGGAGAGAAAGGAGAGCGGGGCGCCCCUGGAAUUCCAGGCCCCCCCGGCCCGAGAGGCACGGAGGGGAUCCCCGGGCUGACGGGCUCCCAGGGGCCAGUGGGGCCCAAAGGACCAGAAGGAAUGCAGGGGCAGAAGGGGGAGCGAGGUCCCCCGGGGGCCUCCGUGACGGGGCCCAGAGGACUUCAAGGGAUUCCGGGGGAGAGAGGAGAGCAGGGGGAUCGCGGCGCAGAGGGUUUGAGGGGAGAGAAGGGGGAGCCCGGCAUGAUGGAGAGUGAGAUUCGCUCAUACGUCCGCUCUGAGAUGAGCCAGCACUGUGCUUGUGGAGGUAAGUUACCCAGUUUCCUCGUUCCCUGGAGAGAAAUCAUCAGCCAUGAGAAUAACACUGAAAGCAAUGACUGUUGACACUGAUUUUAUAGUAGCAACGAGAUUCUAAUGUGGAUUAUACAGAACCACACUCCUGCCUUCAAGGCUCGACACUUGGAAUCUAGAGAAGUAAUGAUUCUCACCAAUGGACACCCUUUUCUUCAACUAAACAUUGUUUCUUUUGCGUGCACUGUGUGUGUUUUUGUUUGUUACAAAUUGAUUUUUUGUUUCGAUUCUUAAAAGGCAUGCCUGAGUGUUUAGUCUAGCAAUGUGUCGUAAAGCACAACAAUAUGUAAGCUGUGUAAAACACGGAGAGGUACGGUAAAGCAUAUUAAACAUUGCAAAAGCAUGGCCGAAACUUGCAAAAUUACCGGGCAAAUUUUGUGAUGAACCUUUCUAGUCAUUGACCAUGCAUCGCAGCAGCAUGUGGAAUUGAUCCAGACUUCCACAGCUCUUCAGCUGAGACAUGCCAUUUAAAACUGUUCCUUAACUAACUACAUGAAUCAGAAAUCCUUGCCCUGGGCUAGUAUUCACAAACCUGUACUUGGGGUGCUGCAUUCACAGGGCAGUGCAAUGCUGGAACAUACCCAACCAAGCUUAUCCCUUCCACAGCCAAACCAGGAACCACCCAGGAUCUUAACAGUGACAGAGCUCAGGUCGUAUACAGUACUGAUGCACUGACAACGAUUAGUACAAUCAACAUACAGUGGAAAGAAAUAGGUAGAGCGGAUUGAGGGGCGAUACUAAGGGCCACCAUGGUUUAGUAGGGGUGUAACGAGUCAUUGUGUAUCAAUCCAUAUCAAUAAUACUUUCGAGACACAAGACCAAAAGCACAGCAACACAGCUCACUGUAGAUCACCAAGUGAUGAUACAAGACCGAAAGCACAGCACAGCUCACUGUAGAUCACCAAGUGAUGAUACAAGACCAAAAGCACAGCAGCACAGCUCACUGUAGAUCACCAAGUGAUGAUACAAGACCAAAAGCACAGCAGCACAGCUCACUGUAGAUCACCAAGUGAUGACACAAGACCGAAAGCACAGCAGCACAGCUCACUGUAGAUCACCAAGUGAUGACACAAGACCAAAAGCACAGCAGCACAGCUCACUGUAGAUCACCAAGUGAUGACACAAGACCAAAAGCACAGCAGCACAGCUCACUGUAGAUCACCAAGUGAUGAUACAAGACCGAAAGCACAGCACAGCUCACUGUAGAUCACCAAGUGAUGACACAAGACCAAAAGCACAGCACAGCUCACUGUAGAUCACCAAGUGAUGACACAAGACCAAAAGCACAGCAGCACAGCUCACUGUAGAUCACCAAGUGAUGACACAAGACCGAAAGCACAGCAGCACAGCUCACUGUAGAUCAUCAAGUGAUGAUACAAGACCAAAAGCACAGCAGCACAGCUCACUGUAGAUCACCAAGUGAUGACACAAGACCAAAAGCACAGCAGCACAGCUCACUGUAGAUCACCAAGUGAUGACACAAGACCAAAAGCACAGCAGCACAGCUCACUGUAGAUCACCAAGUGAUGAUACAAGACCAAAAGCACAGCAGCACAGCUCACUGUAGAUCAUUAAGUGAUAUGACACAAGGCUGAAAGCACAGCAGCACAGCUCACUGUAGAUCACCAAGUGAUGAUACAAGACCGAAAGCACAGCAGCACAGCUCACUGUAGAUCACCAAGUGAUGAUACAAGACCAAAAGCACAGCAGCACAGCUCACUAUAGAUCAUCAAGUGGUUCUUGAAUAAAAAGUAAGUGUUUUGUAGCUGGUAUGGAUACCAGUCCAACUCUAUCCCAUUUCAUUUUUGUCUUUUAACAAAACAGUCUGUUGUUAAAUGAUCAUUUCAUCUUAUUAUGUAUCGUACAAGCAGCCCGUCAGGACCAUCGCAUGUAUCGUGAUGCACAUCGUAUCACGCCCUGCGUAUCGUGAGAUCAGUGUAUCGUUGCACCCCUGUUGUUUAGCUCAUUAAUUCACCCCGUGGCUCUGUUUGUGAGUGCUAGCCCUGCAGGCGAUGUGAGUU